UCUUCCUCUUCUAAUAUUUACUGUUGCAAUCACCUCACAUUUAGUUCACCUGACUGACUUGCAACUUGACGGACUUAACGUUUUAAAAAUUGUCUUUGUAUUUGUUUGCUGUCAUACUUUUUCAAAGAUGAGCAAGAUCUGUAAAAAAAAUUAAACCAGCAUGAACCCGCAGUAGCCGACUUUUCUGCCGUGACCGUAAGACUUGAGUGCCGCGUCUGAUCCUUUGUUUCACUAGCUUAGCUCGAUCGUAAAAGUCGUUUGACGAACAUUUUAUUUGCGACUUAACGCCUAUAUUAUAUUGACCUUUCGUGAAACAACAACAUUCCUCAAAUAAAAUGGGUAAAAGGAAAAGUAACGCGCUGAUUGAUAGUGACGACUCGAGGUCAUCAGAUUCAGACUCUGGGUCAGGGUCAGAUAUUGAUAAGCAAAUGCUAUCGUUGGCAAAGAAAAAAGGACCUGGCGGUGGUGCAAAAGGGCCUGAUCACAAGAAAGUUGAAGCAUUUUCAAGUUCUGAAUCUGACUCUGAAUGGCGCAGUGGGGGUGAAUCGUCAAAGAAAACGAAGAAAAGAAAGCCAGCAAAAAGGGCUCGACGCUCUGCAAGUGGAACGACGUACUCUUCGGGAUCUAAUGACGAUUGGGAUAAACCGUCUCAGUCUGAUAAUAGUGGGGAGGAAGACGAAGAUCGUUCAUCGGUUAGUCCGAGCAGGUCUCGUGUUAUUCCACCUACGUCGUCCUCGGUUGUGUCUUCUUCAGUCAAUGAUACAAAGAGCAAGACGGCGUCGGACUUGGAAGAAGGGGAGGUGUCUGACGAUGAUUGGGACCAAGAAGAAUUUUUUGACGGAUACGACGAGAACAUGAUGGGAGAUGCCGAAGAUCAAAGAACACUGAGUGCUAUGACCGAAAAGGAAAGAGAGCAGGAAAUCUUUAGACGUAUCGAGAAACGAGACCUAUUAAAGAAUAGAUUUGAGGCUGAAAAGAAGUUGAGAAUGAAAAAGAAAAUUGAAGCAAAAUUAGCUAAAAAGGGGUCUGUAAAAAAGUCGGAUGAUGCAAUGUUGGCAGACGAGGAUGAUCCACUCCAGAUGGAUGCCAAGGUUCGAAGUCAAGAGAGGAAGAAAACUGUUGAAGGGAAAGUUGACAAAAAGUCUCAAGCCAUGGAUGCUUUAAAAGCUUCACGAGAUGCUAAAAUACAACGGCAGCAAGAAAAGGCAAAGAUUAGACAAGAGAGAGAUAAGAAGCGAGAUGAUGGGGAUGACGAUGAUCUAGACUUGAAGAAAGAUAGUGAUGCAGCAUCGUCCGUUGGAGAUAAAAGGAUGAAAAAGUUGAAGGCGUCGGAUGUAUAUUCCGAUGAUAGCGGAUCUGAAUAUGAAGAUGAUAAACGAAGUAAGGAUAAAGAAAAAUCAGCAAGUGAUAGUGAUUCUCGCAGCUCAGACUCUGAAGAUGACGAAAGGAAUAAGAAGCCACAAUACCUCGAUACCGUAGACGAUCUAAAUAAGAUACGAUUAUCAAGAUUUAAGCUAGAAAGGUGUCUUUACCUCCCAUUUUUUCUUCGCGUGAUUAAGGGAUGCUAUGUUCGCGUUGCAGUAGCAGGAUCAGCGUACAAGGUUUAUGAAAUUGACGGGUUGGACACACAACCGAAAGCUUACGAAAUUGGAGCUACAAAGACCAACAAAGUGUUGUUACUAAAGUUGCCUGGUGAAGAAAAGGGUCGGAAAUUUAGAUUCGAAUUUGUAAGCAAUUUUCCUUGCACAGAAGCUGAAUUUAGUCACUGGAAGCAACGAAUGGAGCAAAAUCAAGUUUCUCUUCCAACUUUGACCGAUAUUAAAAAUAAGGAGAAGGAAAUCAAGGAAGCGAUGGAAUAUCAAUUAGAAGAGGAAGAUAUUGAAGCGAUAAUUAACGAGAAAGCAAAGUUUAAAAGUGGCCCAGUAAAUUUUGCUGCUCGAAAGGCUCAGUUAAUGAAAGAAAGGGAUCAAGCUGCUCAAGCUGGCGAGGAUGAGAAAGCCAGUGAAUUGUCUGGGCAAAUUGCUGUGUUGGAUGAGAGAGCAACUGUACUAGAUAAGGUUCGCACUUCUACCAUCUCGAGCAUCAGUUACAUUAACCAAAGGAAUCGGCAAAGGAACGUUGAGGAAGCAGAAAAAGCAAUUUUGGAAGAACUGAAAGUCAACAAAGGAAAAAAAGUUGAAGAUCCAUUCACUAGAAGAACAACCAAACCCAGAAUAGUGUCAAAGCCUACGGCCAUAGCGAACGGGUUAAAUGGAGUUGACAUAUUUAUCAAGACUGAAGAUGGAAGUGAAACGCCUCUGGAUAAAACGAAACUUGCAAAUCUAACUAUUGAUGAUAUUGACUCAUCCAUGCACAAUUCAAUUGUCGAUGACUUGGAUGGAAAAGAUGCCCAAGUUGGCGACUUGUUUUCAGCUCAUGAUUUCGACAUUAAGUUGGAUUUAGAUGCCAAGUUGCCUCCUAAUCUUCCCAUCGUCGCUAGACCCUCUAUCACAGCCAUCAAAGACACAGCUCCUCGUCGGUCAUUGAAUCUUGAAGAGUACAAGAGGAAAAAGGGUCUUAUAUAAUUUUGAAAUACCAUUUUUUCUCUCUGUUCCCUCUGCAUAAUGUGCUUUAGAAAUUGAGAAACUUCACAUGUAUCAUUUAAUCUUCUUAGUUAUUAAGAUGCCUGUACAGCCCGCAGUGUAGUAUUGUUUGCUCUUCGUCCCCAAUCGGAAUCGCGUACUUAGUUAGAUACACAAGUUUUAAUUUAUUUUAUCCAUUCUCUAAUGUCUUAAUCUGGUUAUUAUUACAACUUUUAAAUCAUUUGUGUGUAUAUUUUGCGAGGGCAUAUGCACAUACAUGCUCCUCACUACUGUGAAAUGCUUUUCAGAGUAAAAACAAACAAAUUUUCCGUAUA